GAGAAACUGGACCGGGAGGAGCUGUGCGGUCCCACGGAGCCCUGUCUCCUGCCUUUUCAGAUCUUACUGGAAAAUCCCUUUCAGAUAGUUCGUGCCGAACUCCGGGUCCAAGAUAUAAAUGAUCAUUCGCCUGUUUUCCCAAACACUGAAAUGCUCCUCAGAAUCCCGGAAAACAGUCCACCCGGGUCUGUGUUUUCUCUGACAAAUGCGCAAGAUUUGGACGUAGGAAGCAACAAUAUUCAGAACUACACAAUCAGCCUGAAUUCCUAUUUCCACGUUCAAACCCGUGCUCGCGGUGAUGGCAGGAAGUUCGCAGAGCUGGUGUUGGACAAAGCGCUGGAUAGGGAGAUGCAGCCCGAAGUCACUUUAACUUUCACUGCCUUGGAUGGAGGGUCCCCUCCCAGGUCUGGAACAGCCCAAAUCAGAGUCUUGGUUGUAGAUGUCAACGAUAAUGCCCCUGUUUUUGUCCAGGCUCAGUAUGAUGUUCAGAUCCCAGAGAAUAGCGCUAUUGGCUCCCUGGUUGUCACAGUCACUGCUAGGGAUAUGGACAUAGGAAAUAAUGGGCAAAUAUCAUAUUCGUUUUUUCAAGGCUCCGAAGAAAUUGUAAGUACUUUUGAAGUAAAUCGCACCUCAGGAGAAAUUAGAAUGAGAAGAAAAUUAGACUUUGAGGCAAUUAAAUCUUAUGAGGUAGAUAUUGAAGCAACAGAUGGAGGGGGCCUUUCGGGAAAAUGUACUGUUGUGGUUCAAGUGACAGAUGUAAACGACAAUGCCCCAGAACUCUCCAUAUCGUCGUUUACCAGUCCUAUUCCCGAAAAUUCACCGGAGACCGUGGUAGCUGUUUUGAGGAUUCGAGAUCAAGAUUCAGGAGACAAUGGAAAAAUGGUUUGCUCUAUCAAGGGAAAUGUGCCCUUCAUCUUGAAACCAUCUGUAGACAACUUUUACACUCUGUUAACGGAGAGCUCUCUGGAUAGAGAAAGUAGAUCCGAGUACAACAUCACCAUUACUGUCACUGAUCUGGGGACUCCGAGGCUCACAACUGAGCGAAAUAUCACUGUACUGAUUUCUGAUGUCAAUGACAACCCCCCAGCGUUUACUCAGACAGUCUAUACCUUCUACCUCCAGGAGAACAAUAUUCCAGCCCUCCACUUUGGCAGUGUGAGGGCCAAUGACAGGGACUCAGGAACCAAUGCCAAGGUUACCUAUUCCUUUCAGUCUCCUGUAACUGGAGACCUGCCUCUCUUUUCCUACAUCUCCAUCAACUCUGACAAUGGCCAUCUCUAUGUCCUGAGAUCUCUGGAUUAUGAAGCCAUCCAAGCUUUCCAGUUCACUGUGACUGCGACUGAUGGAGGCUCCCCAGCCCUGAGCAGCCAGGCUCUGGUUCAGGUUGUGGUCCAGGAUGAGAAUGACAACACUCCCUUUGUGCUAUAUCCACUGCAGAAUGGCACUGUUCCCUGCAAUGAUCUGGUACCCAGGGCAGCAGAGCCUGGUUACCUAGUGACCAAGGUAGUUGCUGUGGAUGGAGACUCGGGGCAGAAUUCCUGGCUUUCCUACCAGCUGCUCAAGGCCACAGACCCAGGACUCUUCACUGUGUGGGCUCACAAUGGGGAAGUGUGCACAGCAAGGCCCAUCAGUGACAGAGAUGCCACCAAGCAGAGACUCCUGGUGCUGGUGAAAGACAAUGGGGAGCCACCUCAGUCUGCAGUGGCCACCCUGAAUGUCCUCUUGGUGGAUGGCUUCUCUGAACCCUACCUGCAACUCCCAGAUGCACCCAAGGGGCAGGUCCAGAUGGACUCCCUCACUAUUUACUUGAUCAUUUCUUUAGCAGUCAUCUCCUUCCUUUUUCUGAUCUCUAUUAUUAUGUUUGUUGGUGUACGCCUGUGGAAGGGGAAAAGAGAAGCCACAGACUGUAGUCGAUUUGAUUCAAAUGGCCCCUUCCCAGGCCACUUGGUGGAUGUCACUGGGACAGGGACCUUGUCCCAGAGCUAUCAGUAUGAGGUGUGUCUGACCAGUAACGCAGGGACCAGUGAAUUCAAAUUCUUAAAACCAGUUCUACCCAGUGUCCCUCCUCAAGCUGCUGGCAGGGAUCCAGAGGAAAAUCCUUCCUUUAGAAAUAGCUACAUGCUUACUUAA